AGGAUCGGUGAACGGGGCUGGGGACGGUUCCGUGGACGCUUAAAGCUGUGGAGGCCACCGUCAUGUAUCGUCCCGGGAGCAGCCCCCCGGCCACGAGAGUUCAACGGUCCCGGCUCGGCCCCAUCGACUCCUCUCGCGGGUUUGGGUCACGCUCCCGCUCCCCCUCUCCGAGGGGUCGCCACCACCGCUCCCCGCCUAGCCGUCGCUCUUCCCAUCGUUCUCAUCGCUCGCCUUCCCCGCGCCGUUUCAGCAGGACAUAUUCACUGGAUCAGCCCUCAUAUUCUCCAAGGCAGCGCUCACGUUCUCCACGCCAACGUUCGGGAUCUUCAGUGGAAAAAUACUUGCGGGCCUUAAUUGAAAAUGGCACAAGCUCAUCAGCUGAUAAUCUGAGCAAUGUGAACAGGGAUAACUCGUCUGAUGGUCCAAUAUUUAGCAGAGCCCUUUCACAUCCUUGGAAUCUUGAGAGAGGUUUCUUUCAUGAGGAGAAUUCUUCAAGACUGUUCAGCAUGGGACAUGAUAAGGACUAUUACAAUAGGGAUAUUUUUGGAGCUCAACUGGACCGAAGCAUAAACAGUGAACUUCUACAGGAUCAAUCAAGAGAAAAUUAUAGGGGUGGGGAGCAAGAUUCAAAAUACUUUCAAUACGACAGAAAAGAUAGACUCUUUGAUGAAAGCAUAAAAUCUCAGGCUUUAUUGGCAGAAACAGAGAAGUAUCGUAAACAAAGCCCUAACAGAAGCCUAAACCUGAUGGACGUGGAUGAAGAUUUUCAUAAACUUGAAAGAAUUAGGAGAAAAAGAGAAGAAGAUUUGCAAAGGAGAAACAUUAGAACUGACUACCCAAUUCCUGAUUCAGCUAAUCAAGAACAGUCUUCUAAAUCUCGACACCAUUAUAGAUCUGAAAAAACACCUGCAGUCCCCUUAAAAUCUAUACUGAAGAAACGUUCAGAUGAUUCUUCUACACAGGACUCUGGGAAUUUUUCAAAGGAAAAGGAGCCUCCUGAGUCAACAUUAGAGUCUGUCAACCAACAUGGUGACUUCCUGCUGCCUCAUGAAAGAGCCAGUCAAGAUGGGAGUGGUUUUUCGAGUACUGUAGGUACAGUGAUUGAUUCUACUUAUACUCCAGAUAAAAGACUGGAUCCUUUCCCUGAUAAUAUAGAAGAUGAAGAGAAAUUUCUUUAUGGUGAUGAUGAUGGUGAUUCAAAUAACUCUCUCCCCUCUCAAAAGCUAAUGCUGAGUGAAAAGAAAGAACCUGUAACUGAGAAAGUAAAUUCUCCACCUCCUGCAAGUCUAUCUGUAAAACCAGAGAUUUUGGAACAGUCCAGCCCGGAAUAUGACAAGAUCCGUGACUUGCUUAAAACUAUUGGUUUGGACAUUGGAGUGGCUGAAGUAGGUAAGCUUGCUGCUCGCACGGAAGAAAGACUCUAUGGAAAAAAAACAACUUACUCUCCAGAUCAUCAUUCAGUGGCAAAUCAUAAAGCAGAGUUGUGGAAGAGGCAGAAACAUUCUCUAUCACCAUUUGAUUCUUUUCCAUCAGCUAAAGCUAAUAACAUCACUAAAUUAGGGCAAAAUAAUCCUACUGGCACAUGUGAGCAAUCUGGUGUUCCAGGAUGUUUAAUCCCAUCAGCUCCACCUUCUUUUCUUGAUAUUCCUCCUGGGCCCACCUCUGCUUCCUGUCAGAAUGUUCCAUAUGUCUCUACGUUUACUCCAAAUCGGUUCUUUCCAAACUGUGCUUCUCUCCCAGUAGUCUUACCUAACUAUGAUGUAUACCAGCGCCACAUGGGUUAUGCAACUUCUGGCUGGUGUGCUCAGCAAGUGAACUCUGUAUGUCCAAAUAAACCUCAGGUUGCCAACCUUGCCAAACUAAAAGGUAAAUGUACAAAUCCCAACCUCAGAAUUAUUAAUACAACUGCCAUCACCAAAAAUCCAUCUCAAGCAGCUUCUACCAUGGUUCCCCGGCGAACCAGGUGUAAAAAAAGGGCCAAGCGAAGAAAAUGUGAUGAAAAAAAUCAAACUCCUCUGAUGCAAAUGAUAAUAAAGGAAAGAGAAGCGUUGGAAUGUACACAAAUAUCACAACAGAAUAAACUUUUUUAUCAGAAGAUUGAAUUAGAUAGGCUUUCAGAACAGCAAGUAAUGAUGUUGUUGAAGAAAGGAAAAAAGGAAGACCCUUUGCUUAUGGAACUGAGCAAAUUGAAAGAAAACAUUGCAAAAGAGGUUGCUCGACUGGAAAUGAGUAUUAACGCUAUAAAGGAGAAACAGGGCGAACUUAAUAAAGUAGCUCAUAUCAUAGAGACGAAUGAUUUUGAAAACUCCGAGAAAUUAUCUUCAGAAAAUAAAGAUUCAUCAGAAAACAACCUACAAAAUAAUCCCCAAAGUGAAGAGAGAACUUUUGACUCAGUCAAGUCAUAAGGAAGUGAUUGCUUACCUGGAGUAAGGACAGAAUACAGCAGAAGGAAAAACCUAAAGACUGUUCCAUACCUGACCUGACUCUAGCUUUUAGAAGCUGUGGUAAGAUUUUGAGAUGAAGACUACAAUUCUUGAGAAUAUUUUUAUUCUGUCAUGAUUUCAAGCACUAUAUUUUAUUCAGAUUUGUUUUAUGUUUCAAGAAAAGUAAAAAAAAGUUAAGAAAUUUUGUCUCUUGGCUCAUUAAAUAUCAGUAUAAUAUAUCUUAUCAAUGGCAUCUCCUCAAAGGAGGUAAUAAAGUUCUAUGUUUUCUGAAUAGCUGAAAGUUUCCUUAAAUUGGAGAUAAUCUGAAAGGUUAUUGCAAUCUAAUUUUCAGGUUGCAGUUUUGAGAACACUUGAUUAAUUUUUGUUAAUAGGUUGCCACAGCCCUCAAAACCUUUCAGGAGAGGGUUUAUGUGUAUAAAAAAUGAUAACAGGAAGCUUAAUGUGUUUGUUAUGAGAAAGUAACAGCAUCACUCAUAUUUCUUCCCUAGAUAAUGUCCCCCUAUGAUGCUUCCUGUUAUCCAUAUUAUUCCACUUUAAAAGAAUGGAUUUUUAAAGAACAUUUUAAAAGAAUAUUCUGAUGCCACAUUCUUCUAUGAGUACAUUGUAUGACGUGAUAGCCUAAGAAAGUAGUCAUGGUGCCAUAUUUAUUUCUCCCUGGUCAGAAAAAAGUGUUUUUUAAAAAAGCUUUUCCUCCUGACAUUUACAACAUAGGUCUCCAACACUGGAUGCCUUCAGAAAACUUUAAUAAGUGAAACAGAUCUUCUCUGUUUUUUAGCAUUUUAUUAGUUAUGGCUUUGCUGAAAUGUAUCUCACAAUUUUAAGUUUAACUAUUUAAUCUUCCUGUAAACGUUUGGGUAUUUGGGCAUUUGGAAAACAAAACAUCACAGAGCUUAUGUUUUUACACUACUUCCUUGAAUGUAAUGUAAAGACAACAAUGAAAAAUUUUAAGAAAUAAAAAGGAUUUUAAAAAGGAAGGAAGAUAGGAAAAUAGCCACAUAUAUAAUCUGAACAGAGGAGUGAAAAAGUGGAUUAAGAUCUACUAUUAAGUAUGGUGAACACAUAUUGAAAAUAAUUACUGCUUGUUAGCAAAUGCUCAAACAUACCAGUUUCUUUUGAGUAAUAUAAUGUACUUUUAAAUUCCUAUGUACCAUCUGUUAUUGACCAUUCUGAUACUGACUUGGCAAAGUAUAGUAGUGGAAUGUUUCUUUGUCAGAAAAAACAGGCCAUCAUUUGAACUGAACAUAAAAGUGAAGCUAUCCUUAUUCACUUUAGAAACAAUUUAAAAUGAGAAAUAAAAAAUUAUGAUAUGGGAGAAGAAAAUAACAUUAAAAUAAAACUAAAAGAAGAAUAUCUUAAGGAUUCAGAUGGGAACAAGUGAGCACUAUGUCUGAUCUGCAUUGAAGAAUCAAGAAACUCAAGAGAACUAAUCUGUUUUCAUUUUUUUAAAGAUUAUGUGGUACCUGCAUUCCAUGGAUUAGAAUGUACUUUAGGAGUACUUACAAUAUAGGAACUGCAAUAGGGAUAUAUAGUUCUAAUUAAAUAGCUUUUUAUGUUUGUUCAUCUCAACUAAAUUGAAAAUGUCCAAGCAAGGGGGGAAAAAUGUAUGCUGGCAAAAUUAUAUAAGUGCAGCAAACUUUCAUUUAAAAAAAUAAAAUAAAAAUCCUGAUUAUUCUAGUGAGAUUUCAUGGCAAUAACGUAUAACAUUAUGGUGAGAUUAGAGGCCAGAUUGUGAAUUCUAGUCAGUGAAGUGUCUCUGGAAAAAAAUAAUUGUGAAAUCACUCAUUUGCACUCUGGACAGCUGCUCCUUUUAAGUAAACUGUAGGAACUGGGGUUUCUUUAGUUGGUUUAUGAGCUGAGCAGUAGAGGGUUGAGGGAUUUCCAUCAAGCUUACAAACAUCAAUAUUUCCUUUAUGGACACACAGUUCUGCUGAACCUCAUAUCUUAAUCAUUUUUGGUUUUUAAUAAACUUAGAGCUAAAGACAGGUUUUCUAGGUGACAGGAUAAGAUUUCACUUAGUUACUACUUUUUCUGGA